AUGCCGCAGGAGUCAGGAGAAGAGGCUGAUGCCAGUGUUGUCAAGCCGCCUCGGCCGAUAGCACCCCCGCAGCUGCUGGGCGUUGGGCCCACUUACUUGCUCAUUCAGCUGAAUGCCAACUCAAUCAUUGGGGACGGACCCAUUAUCCUGAAAGAAGUGGAGUACCGAAUGACGUCUGGGACCUGGACCGAAACCCAUGCUGUCAAUGCACCGACUUACAAACUCUGGCACUUGGACCCCGACACAGAAUAUGAGAUUCGGGUCCUGCUCACCAGACCAGGUGAAGGUGGGACUGGGCAGCCAGGACCACCGCUCAUCACCAGGACCAAAUGUGCCGAACCUAUGAGAACACCGAAAACGUUGAAGAUUGCUGAGAUCCAGGCCAGACAUAUUGCUGUGGACUGGGAAUCUCUGGGUUACAACAUCACUCGUUGCCACACUUUCAAUGUCACUAUAUGCUACCACUACUUCUGCGGACACAACGAGAGCAAGGCGGACUGCUUGGACAUGGACCCCAAAGCACCCCAGCAUGUUGUGGAUCACCUGCCUCCCUACAACAAAAUGAUCUUAACCAACCCAGAAGGGAGGAAGGAGAGCGAGGAGACCAUUAUCCAGACAGAUGAAGAUGUGCCAGGCCCUAUACCUGCCAAGUCGGUGAAAGGAACUCCUUUUGAAGAUAAGAUCUUCCUCAACUGGAAGGAACCUGUGGAUCCAAACGGCAUCAUUACUCAGUAUGAGGUCAGCUAUAGCAGUAUACGGUCAUUUGAUCCUGCAGUUCCAGUCGCAGGACCUCCGCAAACCGUGUCAAAGCUGUGGAACAGCACACACCACAUCUUCGCACACUUGCAUCCUGGUACUACUUACCAGUUCUUUAUACGUGCAAGCACUGUCAAAGGAUUUGGACCAGCAACCACAAUCAAUGUAACAACCAACAUCUCAGCUCCCACUUUACCAGACUAUGAAGGAGUCGAUGCAUCUCUCAAUGAAACUGCUACUACAAUAACUGUACUCCUGAGACCAGCACAGGCCAAAGGUGCACCUAUCAGUGCGUACCAGAUUGUUGUUGAGGAGCUGCACCCACACCGAACAAAGCGAGAAACGGGUGCCAUGGAGUGCUACCAAAUCCCCGUCACCUAUCAGACCGCUCUGAGCGGAGGGUCACCAUAUUACUUUGCUGCUGAGCUGCCCCCAGGAAACCUGCCAGAGCCAGCCCCCUUUACCGUGGGUGACAACAGGACUUACCAGGGUUUCUGGAACCCACCGCUGGCUCCUCGGAAAGGCUACAACAUCUAUUUCCAAGCCAUGAGCAGCGUCGAGAAGGAAACCAAAACUCAGUGUGUUCGAAUAGCUACAAAAGCAGCAGCAACAGAAGAACCUGAGGUGAUUCCGGAUCCGGCUAAACAAACAGAUCGAGUGGUGAAAAUAGCAGGAAUAAGUGCUGGAAUUCUGGUAUUCAUCCUACUUCUCCUUGUUGUCAUAUUGAUCGUCAAAAAAAGCAAACUUGCAAAGAAGCGCAAGGAUGCCAUGGGGACCACCCGCCAGGAGAUGACACACAUGGUGAAUGCAAUGGAUAGGAGUUACGCUGACCAGAGCACCCUGCAUGCAGAGGAUCCCCUUUCAAUCACGUUUAUGGACUCUCAUAACUUCAGCCCCAGAUUGCCCAAUGAUCCACUUGUGCCGACAGCUGUGUUAGUGCCUAUUACUGAUGAAAAUCACAGUGCAACAGCGGAGUCCAGCCGGCUCCUGGAUGUCCCUCGUUACCUCUGCGAAGGCACAGAAUCCCCGUACCAGACUGGGCAGCUGCACCCUGCCAUCAGGGUGGCUGAUCUCCUGCAGCACAUUAACCUAAUGAAGACCUCUGACAGCUAUGGAUUUAAAGAGGAGUAUGAGAGUUUCUUUGAGGGGCAGUCAGCUUCUUGGGAUGUCGCUAAGAAGGAUCAAAACAGAACAAAGAACCGCUAUGGAAACAUUAUAGCAUAUGACCACUCCAGGGUGAUUUUGCAACCUGUUGAAGAUGAUCCAUCUUCAGAUUACAUUAAUGCCAACUACAUAGAUAUUUGGCUGUACAGGGAUGGAUAUCAGAGACCAAGUCACUACAUUGCAACCCAAGGUCCAGUUCAUGAGACUGUGUAUGACUUUUGGAGAAUGAUAUGGCAGGAGCAAUCAGCUUGCAUUGUGAUGGUCACAAAUUUAGUGGAAGUUGGGAGAGUCAAGUGUUACAAGUACUGGCCUGACGACACAGAAGUUUAUGGGGACUUCAAAGUGACAUGUGUAGAGAUGGAUCCCCUUGCAGAGUACGUCGUCAGGACCUUCACUCUGGGAAGGAGGGGCUACAAUGAAAUCCGUGAAGUUAAACAGUUUCAUUUCACUGGCUGGCCAGAUCAUGGAGUUCCUUACAAUGCCACAGGCCUGCUUUCCUUUAUAAGGAGAGUCAAAUUAUCAAACCCUCCUAGUGCCGGGCCUAUUGUUGUCCAUUGCAGUGCUGGUGCUGGACGGACAGGUUGUUAUAUUGUGAUCGAUAUCAUGUUAGAUAUGGCAGAAAGAGAAGGUGUUGUGGAUAUCUACAACUGUGUCAAAGCCUUACGGUCCCGUCGCAUCAACAUGGUACAGACAGAGGAGCAGUACAUCUUUAUUCAUGAUGCCAUUCUAGAAGCUUGCCUGUGUGGAGAAACUGCCAUUCCUGUCUGCGAAUUCAAAGCUGCUUAUUUUGAUAUGAUUAGAAUAGACUCUCAGACAAACUCUUCGCAUCUCAAAGAUGAGUUUCAGACCCUGAAUUCUGUGACCCCUCGCCUGCAAGCGGAGGACUGCAGCAUAGCCUGCUUGCCAAGGAACCACGACAAGAACCGCUUCAUGGAUAUGCUGCCACCUGACAGAUGUCUGCCUUUCUUAAUUACUAUUGAUGGGGAGAGCAGCAACUACAUCAAUGCUGCUCUUAUGGACAGCUACAGGCAGCCAGCAGCUUUUAUUGUCACACAACAUCCUUUACCAAACACUGUGAAAGAUUUCUGGAGAUUAGUGUAUGACUACGGCUGUACUUCUCUUGUGAUGUUAAAUGAAGUCGACUUAGCACAGGGCUGCCCGCAAUACUGGCCUGAGGAAGGGAUACUGCGGUAUGGUCCCAUCCAAGUGGAAUGCAUGUCGUGUUCAAUGGACUGUGACGUCAUAAACCGAAUUUUCAGGAUAUGCAAUCUAACAAGACCACAAGAAGGCUAUCUGAUGGUGCAGCAAUUCCAGUAUUUGGGAUGGGCUUCUCACAGAGAUGUACCAGCUUCCAAGAGAUCCUUCUUGAAGUUAAUUCUCCAGGUUGAAAAAUGGCAAGAGGAAUGUGAAGAAGGGGAGGGCCGGACCAUCAUCCACUGCCUAAAUGGCGGUGGCCGGAGCGGGAUGUUCUGUGCCAUUGGCAUUGUGGUUGAGAUGGUAAAAAGGCAGAACGUGGUGGAUGUUUUCCACGCCGUGAAGACUUUGCGGAACAGUAAGCCCAACAUGGUGGAAACUCCGGAGCAAUAUCGCUUCUGCUAUGAUGUUGCGCUGGAGUACCUGGAAUCCUCUUAGUUGGAAUGGAUGUGACAAAGUUCACCAAAUACAUGAAUCUCAAUAAGCUGUUUUGACAACAGUUCUUGAUCCUGUGAAGAAAGAUUUUAGGGGAAGAGGGGGGUGGGAGGGAUUUUAAAUUUUAAAUGCAAAGUAUUUUUCUUAUGAAGUUGUGUAUCUUAAUAAAAGAACUCAAUCUGUUUCUAUGCUUGUAUACAGUAUCAACAUUUAGUGCCACAUAAAUACUAUUUAAUGAAAACCAGAGUCAGAAGAGAUUUGCGCCAGUUAGGACUUUUCAGUGUUUGUAUAUGCAGCCGUCUCUCAAUUCCAGUAGAGCGACCAUCUGUUGCAUGUAUCAAUAUUUCCUAUAUGGUAUUAAUUUUUCUUUUUUUUCUUUUGAUACAUUGUUGAAGUACAAUAACAGUGCAAAUUGAUAGUAAGGUUCAUUCUUUAUACGUUUCAAGUGUUGCAUAUAUAUAUUAUAUAUAGUAAAAAAAACCUGGCUUAUUUUGUUUUAAUGUGCAAUGAUGGCUGGAUCACAUAACGAUCUUUAUAAAGAAACUUAAACAUAAGCCAAAGACUCAAGUGUAAAUAUGUCUAUAUGGAGAAAGCACAUGUAUUUAUUGUUUACUUGCAUUCCUUUUUUGAUGGCUGAAAAAAGAAGAAUCAUUUUUCUUGAAGAAAGCUUUUUUUGCUGAAAUCAAGUGUAAACAAUUUUUGUAGUUUAUUUUUUGUAUGUUUUAGUGUAAGUAGGAGACAUACUUUUUAUGCAUAGACCAAGAACAUUGGUAUAGUGGUUUUGUUGUGUACAUGCUUGUGAUUCAAAUCCAUGUAAACAACUCAGUUAUAGAAGGUCUUUAACUACAGGGCCAAAAUCCAAACAUUUUCCUGAAAAUGUAUAGUUUUUCACAGUUGCAUUAAUUAAGUACUGAUCAAAAAACUAUGUAAGGAAGGGCACACAUCAAAAUUACCUUGCCUAUGACUUGCACAAUAUUAGAAGAGAUUUUUAAGCACCGAUGGUUGUGAGGGAACCAAUUGUUUAAAAAAAUAUGGAAGCACAGGUCAACAGGAGAACUGCCAGACAAAUAGAUGGCUCUGCAUAUGCCCUUCAGGGUAAAAAAGUAUUUGUUUAGCAAAUUGUAAAAUUAAGCAAUGUUUAUUUUGAUGUUUACGAACAUGUAAGCUUUGCUUCCAAGAAAGCAAAAUUUGAAUAAACCAAUGCCAGAUUCUGAUUAUAGUUGUGGUGUACAAAAUAUUACUGUGCUUUCGCUUAGCUGGUAUCCAAUUGUUCACAAGGUUUCCUAUAUUUCAGCAGCUAAUAUCAUUCCAAUCUCUUGUUGGUCUUUUUUAGAGCUGACAGUAAAAUUAUAAGGUGCUUUUAAAUAAUCUGUAAGAGUGAAUUAAACUUUUAUUU